AUGAGAAUAGUGCUGUUCUGCUUGGAGAAGUUCUGGGGUCACCCUAUAAAGUCCUCAUAUCGUGCCUCGGGAAUUGAUGCACAACAGCAAAGCGCAAGCGCAACAGCAUAUCUCAACCCGACGAGACAAUCCAUCUUGAAGAUGGAUCAAUUCCCGACCCCAAGUGUCAACGGCCCGGUGCCGUACAUUGCCGACGUCAAAGAAUUGUGCGAUUCUACCACGGUAACUAUCUUCCUCGUCGUGAGACCAGAGGUCAGACGCUUCCAUGUCCCCAAAACACUGAUUUGUGCACACUCAGCCUACUUUCGCGCCAUGUUCACGAACCCCGUAUUCGAAGAGGCCACUUCCCAAAAAGUGAUCAUCAGGGAGCAAAUUCACAUGUGGGCAUUCAUCACCUUCGUACAAUGGAUGUUCACGCAGCGUCUCAUUCUGACUGCAACCCCAGAAACGUCGAUCGAGGAGCUUCUCGAAGAUGGCGACGCCGCCGACCCGAGGACCUGGCCAUACUCUACUCUGUUUUCUCUGUACGCUAUGGCCGAUUUCCUGGACAGCAUCGGCAUGCGCAGACUCAUUAUCCAACAGGUCCAGAUCAAGAUGCGCAGCAUCGAUGAGUGCCCACGACCAUCAUACGAGGAUCUGGUCUUACUCCAACAACUCGUUCCAGGGUCCUCGCCUCUCCGCCAAUGGAUCGCCUUCGAUAUCGUCGUCCGCACGAGCAAUGACUCGAAGGAACCCGAUGAUAUGGUCAAUCAAUACUCGAAACUGUUCGAGGAGGCAGGGAAUGAGGAAAGUCUUGCCGAAUUCCACCGCGACAUCAACUCCAUUAAAGAAGUUAUAGCAGAGCAAUCGGACUGUGCCAAUUGUGGUCAAUAUGUUAAACCCAACGGGAGCGAUGCUUACAAACGUUGCUCGAAACGCCAUCAUCUGUCGACUGCACGCAAGCGGGAAAAGUGGGCUGCGACGUGUAUGUUUCAUGAGCAUACGCAUGAAUCCGAGUAUAAGUUCUGUAAAGUUCACUUUCGGUGUUUCCUCAAAGGCAAGGUUGCGGACUGGAUCAAGCUUUGGAAUUGGGAUGCGGAGCCGGAGGAGGAGUGGAAUGAGGAGGAGACGGAGGAGGAGACGGAGGAGGAGACGGAAGAAGAGACGGAGGGGGAGAUGCUUCAGGACUUAUUGCGGGACGAAUGGCGGGACGAAUGGCAGGACGACCAAGAUUCGGACGCUAGCGAUGAUGCGAUGUAUGAGGAUCUAAGUUGGAUCAGGCCGGUAGAUAUGAAAAGGUACGACAGCUGGGAUGACGAGACGUGGUGA